AUGAAUGGGUCCAGUGACCUCUUCUUCACUCAUUCCGUCCAGCUCAAUGGGUCGAUGGAUUUCAAUGAAACCCUGAGCAGCAUUGAGUUCUGUGAGCAAGUCUUCAUUAAGACUGAGGUCUUCUUGACGCUGGGGAUUAUCAGUUUGCUGGAAAAUAUCCUGGUCAUACUGGCCAUCCUGAAGAACAAGAACCUACACUCCCCUAUGUACUUUUUCCUCUGCAGCUUGGCUGUUGCAGACAUGUUGGUCAGCGUCUCAAACGCCUUGGAAACUAUUGUCAUUGCAGUGCAGAAUAAGUAUCUAGACAUAGGAGAUGAGCUCCUCCAGCAAUUGGAUGAUGUGUUUGACUCUUUAAUCUGUAUAUCUCUGGUAGCUUCUAUCUGCAGCCUCUUGGUUAUUGCCAUAGACAGGUACAUCACCAUAUUUUAUGCUUUACGUUAUCACAGCAUCAUGACGGUCAAGAAAGCCUUAGCCUUGAUCAUGAUCAUCUGGGUAUCCUGCAUCAUAUGUGGUAUCGUAUUUAUUGUCUAUUCCGAAAGCAAAACAGUCAUUGUGUGUCUCAUUACCCUGUUCUUCACCAUGCUCGUCCUCAUGGCCACCAUGUACGUCCACAUGUUCCUCUUUGCGCGUCUCCAUGUAAAGCGGAUCGCGGCACUGCCUGUGGACGGCGUGGUGCAGCAGCGGACGUGCAUGAAAGGCGCCAUUACCAUCACUAUUCUUUUAGGGGUGUUUGUUGUGUGUUGGGCACCCUUUUUCCUUCACCUCAUCCUCAUCAUCUCCUGUCCUGCCAACUCCUACUGUGUCUGUUAUGGUGCCUACUUCAACACGUACUUGAUCCUCAUCAUGUGCAACUCUGUCAUCGAUCCUCUGAUUUACGCUUUCCGCAGCCUGGAGAUGCGCAAAACUUUCAAGGAGAUAAUUUGCUGCUACGGGAUGAAUUUUGGAAAAUGUGGAUGA